AUGGACGAUGCAACUAAUUAUCCGGUUGAAUUUUUAAAUUCAUUGAAACCACCGGGCAUGCCAUAUCAUAGGCUUAUUCUACGUGUGGGCACACCUAUUAUGUUGUUGCGAAAUUUGAAACCGCCUAAACUGUGCAAUGGGACCAGGCUUAAAGUCAAAGCUUUACAUCGCAAUAUAGUAGAAGCCACAAUUUUAACAGGAUGUGCAAAAGGGAAAACUGUGUUUGUACCACGAAUCCCUUUAAUUCCGAAUGAUCAUCCGUUCGAAUUUAAACGAUUACAGUUUUCCCUGAAAGUCUGUUUUGCAAUGACUAUAAACAAGUCUCAAGGCCAAACUCUUAAAUUUGCAGGAAUAGAUUUGCGAAAAAACUGUUUUUCACAUGGGCAGUUGUUCUACGUAGCUUGCUCACGCGUAAGCUCACCCAGUAGCUUGGUGAUUUUGUCGCCUACUAAUAGAUUAGUGAAGAACAUUGUCUACAAAGAAGUUUUGUAG